AAUAUUAGUUGAAUAAUGAAGUAUAGUUCCGGUCAUACACUAUACUGCCUCAAAGAAGAAAUGCGAGAUAAAAUGAGAAAAUGGAGAGAAGAAAACUCAAGAAAUAGUGAGCAAAUUGUGGAAGUUGGAGAAGAAUUAAUUAACGAAUAUGCUUCUAAGCUGGGAGAUGAUAUUUGGAUCAUAUAUGAACAGGUGAUGAUUGCAGCACUAGACUAUGGUCGGGAUGACUUGGCAUUGUUUUGUCUUCAAGAGCUAAGAAGACAGUUCCCUGGUAGUCACAGAGUCAAGCGAUUAACAGGCAUGAGAUUUGAAGCCAUGGAAAGAUAUGAUGAUGCUAUACAGCUAUAUGAUAGGAUUUUACAAGAAGAUCCAACUAACACUGCUGCAAGAAAGCGUAAGAUUGCCAUUCGAAAAGCCCAGGGGAAAAAUGUGGAGGCCAUUCGGGAGCUGAAUGAGUAUCUGGAACAAUUUGUAGGAGACCAAGAAGGCUGGCAUGAACUUGCAGAACUUUACAUCAAUGAACAUGACUAUGCAAAAGCAGCCUUUUGUUUAGAGGAAUUAAUGAUGACUAAUCCACACAACCACUUAUACUGUCAGCAGUAUGCUGAAGUUAAGUAUACCCAAGGUGGACUUGAAAACCUCGAACUUUCAAGAAAGUAUUUUGCACAGGCAUUGAAACUGAACAACAGAAAUAUGAGAGCUUUGUUUGGGCUUUAUAUGUCAGCAAGUCAUAUUGCUUCUAAUCCAAAAGCAAGUGCAAAAACGAAAAAGGACAACAUGAAAUAUGCUAGUUGGGCAGCUAGUCAAAUAAACAGAGCUUAUCAGUUUGCAGGUCGAAGUAAGAAGGAAACCAAAUAUUCUCUUAAGGCUGUUGAAGACAUGUUGGAAACAUUGCAGAUCACCCAGUCUUAAGGUUUCAAAAACUCUUUGACAUUAGAUUUCACAACUGCACAAUUGAACUUAUUGGCCUGUAACUUAUUUACUAAAUGCCCAGUGCUAUUUAUAUACUACAGUAAUUUUCUGUUAAGAAGGCAGUUGUAAAGAAUGUGUUUAUAUAAACCUAAAAAUGCCUUUUACUGCUAAGUGGGAAGAUGGGGUAAAUCCAUGGAAGAGAGAUUUAAGACUUACUGAUUGUACAUCAGUCUCUUCAUAUCACAUAUACAUAUAUAUAUAUAUAAAACUCUAAUGUAGAAUAACCUUGUUAAAUAAACCACGAUGAUUUAUUAAACUUGCGUAUGAAGAUUCUAACUUCAUUUUGUUAUAUUCACAGUGGAUAUAUUGUUUAAGAACUCAGUUUCUAGUUAACUCCUUACUGGUAAUAGCAAAGACACAGUAUGUGUAGCUGACCGAAGCAGAUUAUUUUGACUUCGUUUAUAUUGUCAAAUUGGAUUUUGCUGUACAUUCCAGUGGGCUAUUUGAAUUGUUUUAUCUGCUGUAAUAUCCUUCUGAUGAGUCUUGCUUAAAAUAUGUCAUUCUCCAAAGUUCAGCAAUAUUUCUUUGUAAAGUUUGUGUUUUGAUAUAGGACAUAAUUGAGAUUUUUACGUAUAAAAUGCCUUAAGGUAAAUGUGUUAUGACACUUAAAUUUAACUUUUAUUCAAGUUAUAUUUAUUGAACCCUUUAAUAGUAAAUUACAUGAAAGAAUAUUCAAGAAUCAUAUAGAGUAGGGAUUAAAGGGGUUGUAGUGGCUGAGUUAUUCUUAAUUUUGAAAAAAUAAGAAAAUUAAAACUAUCCUUAGAAACAAAAAUGAUAAAAUUUUCCUAUUCUAUCAUUACCUUAGUUAGAAUUUUUUAUUUUUCUCUUUUCAUAAUAAACAACCAUUAUGCUACCUUCAACAGUAUUUGACGUUUCAAUAAAAUAGAAGAGACUUUGAAAGUUAAAUUUCAUUUAGACACAAAUCGGUUUUUAAAAUAGCAACUGUUCACAGCAAAUAUUUAUGGUAUUUGCUUUAAUAAAUAUAUUUAAAUUUAUUUUUACUAAAAAUAUACAGAGGCAUCUGCAGACUUGUCAUUGCUGCUUUGGAGAAGUGGGGAUUGUGGAGGAAUUGACAAUCUAGAAGUGUUUAGAAAGAAAAGUAUUGUCAAUAUCAGCUUCUUUUAACCUUUUGAAUAGUUCUGCUAAUAAAUUAUUCUCCAUAUCUAAUCUUUCAUAUUACAGUCAUUUUCAUUUUAUUCUGCCAUGAGUAAUAGGCAGCUAAUUAAUAUAUUCUCUGAAAGAACUCUUCUCAUCUGAAGGUAAUUCUCUACUAAUCUUUGUUACCACAAAGAUCCCGUCUUUGUACACAUGAAAUUAGUAACUGCAUUUUCAACAUUGAACCAUUUGAAAUUUACAUAUUCUGUAAAGAAAAUAGUGCCUGCACGUUGUCUCACUACCUUUUCCCCUUCAAACCUCCUCCCCGUCAGUCACUGGAUUAGUGUUUACUCUAGCAAUUAUAUUUGUGUAAUAAGUAAUUCAGUGCCUCUUAUAGCUGUCUGCCUUAGUUUCACUUUUUUUUUUUUUUUUUUUUGAGACACUCUCGUUCUGUCACCCAGGCUGGAGUGCAGUGACGUGAUCUCAGCUCACUGCAACCUCCACCUCCCAGGUUCAAGCGGUUCUUGUGCCUCAGCCUCCGAAUAGCUGGGACUACAGGCAUGUGCCACCAUGCCUGUCUCAUUUUUGUAUUUUUAGUAGAGAUGGGGUUUCACCAUGUUGGCCAGGCUGGUCUCGAACUGCUGGCCUCAAGUGAUCUAUCCGCCUCAGCCUCCCGAAAUGCUGGGAUUAUAGGCAUGAGCCACUGAGCCUGGCCAGUAUCACUUUAUUUAUUCAAAAUUUUAAUAACUUCUUGCCAAGAUUUUAUAUUUGUUAAGCACAUUGCCAAUCCGUAGUAAUUUAUAAACUUCAACUUAAAUGUACUGAUAAUCCGUUACAGCAGACAGUUGCCUACAGCUAUUACCUUUAUUUCUUCUUUAACAGUACCUUAGUUUGAUCCAAUAGUGGCAAGGAUCCCUCUUCCUCAAAGAGAUUAGGACCUUACCCCAACUCCAGAGGCUGCACCUUUGUUGAUCUGAAACAGAAGUGGUAGUUUUAUUCCAUAUAGUCUGAUUAGUACGAGGCAGAACUUUUUGCAGUGAAGGAAAUCAACCAUCUAUUCUGUCUAUUGUGGUAGCUACUAACCAUAUGUGAUAUUGAGUACUUGAUAUGUGGCUACUGCAAUUGAGAAAUUGAAUGAAAUGAACAGAACUCUACUGAGAAGGGCUUUCCUUUCAAAUUAAAAAAUCAGAGCUUUGUGUGGUAACAGUCAUUGCCUCUUUCUCCUCUUUCUGGCCAGCAACAUGCCUAAAGGUGCAGCUGCCAUCAAACAACCAUGAAACAGCAAAUGUGAGAAUGAAAGUUACAUUUCAGAGAUGGAACUGAAGGAGGAUUAAGGGGAUCCCGGGUUCCUGAUAUGGCAUUGUUGAACACCCAAACCAAGAUGAGCAAUUGCCAAACUCCCCAAUUAUUACGUGAGAAAAAAUAAACUCCUGAUUGUUUAAGAUA